UCUAUAGUGUGUCUGCAUAUUUCUCCCGUUCCCACUCUAAUAUUUGAAGCAGCACCAUGAAGAUCAUGUCCUUAAUGAUCAUAUCCUUCUUCAUUCUAUUGGGUUUUUUGGAGCGAGCAGCUUCAUCAAAUCCUAGUAAUAGUAGUGAUCAUGCAUAUGAGGCGAUCUUCAACUUCGGAGACUCUCUGAGUGACACUGGGAAUUUCUUAUCCUCAGGUGCUCUUGCUUUCCCUGUCAUUGGAAAGCUUCCUUAUGGUCAAACCUUCUUCAGACAUGCCACUGGACGUUGCUCUGAUGGACGCCUCAUUGUUGAUUUCAUUGCUGAGGCAUAUGGGUUGCCAUAUUUGCCACCAUAUCUGAAACCAAGCAAAGGCCAAGACAUCCAUCAUCAUCACGGUGUCAAUUUCGCUGUGGCUGGAGCUACAGCACUUGAUUCAGAAUUCUUCUACAGAAAAGGACUUGGAAAGAUACUGUGGACACAUGAUUCAUUAAGUGUUCAGCUUGGCUGGUUCAAGAAGUUCAAACAAUCUCUGUGCACCACAAGACAAGAUUGUGAUAGGUACUUGAAAAGAUCGCUGUUUCUGGUGGGAGAGAUUGGUGGAAAUGACUAUAACUACGCAGCUUUUGCUGGUGGGGACAUUAAUCAACUUCUAGCUACCGUUCCUCUGGUGGUUGAAGCAAUUACUAUAGCCACAAGUGAAUUGAUAGCGGAAGGAGCAGUGGAGCUUAUGGUGCCAGGAAAUUUGCCAGUUGGAUGCUCUCCUUUGUACAUGACAUUGUUUAUGAGCCAAAACAAAGAGGACUUUGAUCAAAAUGGAUGCUUGAAAAGCUUUAAUGCUUUUGCUCAGUUCCAUAACAAGCAGCUCAAUCUUGCCCUAGACACUCUUAGGAAGAAGAAUCCUCAUCUUAGGAUCAUCUACGCUGACUACUAUGGGGCAGCUAAACGUUUCAUUCAUAUGCCGCGACAUUUUGGUUUCACUAGAGGGACAUUAUUAAGAGCAUGUUGUGGAGGAGGUGGACCGUUCAAUUUCAACAAUUCAGCGAGGUGUGGUCACAUAGGCUCAAAGGCAUGCACUGACCCUUCCAUUUAUGCUAAUUGGGAUGGAAUUCAUUUGACUGAAGCUGCUCAUCGCUACAUAGCCAAAGCUCUCAUUGAGGGUCCCUCCACACAUCCUCCUCUUAAGUCCUCACUUUUCAAGAUAGCCUAGACUAUUAGUGAGAAUUUUUAUUCUUAACUAUUUAAAAUAAUAUAAUGUUUUUAAAACUAAGUUUUUUUUUUUCCUUUGUGAAGAGUGGAAGAUGAUAUUAAGAAUCGUAUGAGAAAUCAAAGGUCUCAUUGGCUCAUUCUCAUGUAUGCUCUGAGAUAAUUGAUAUUUGGUGGAACUAAUUAUGAAAUUGAUAGUCUCGCUCCAUUUUCCUCAA